ACGCGGAGCUACAGCUGGACGAUUGCCGCGCAGACGGGCGCGCCCGACGGCUACGACAAGACGCUCUACACCAUCAACGGCCAGAUGCCCGGCCCGCUUGUCGAGGCAAACGAGGGCGACACGCUGGAGAUCACCGUCACCAACACCCUCAGCGAGGGCACCUCGAUCCACUGGCACGGCAUGUACCAGAACGGCACAGCAUAUGAAGACGGCGUCCCUGGCUUCUCGCAGUGCCCCAUCCCCGCAGGCUCGUCAUACACGUACACGUUCAGCACGGCAGGCCAGUACGGCACCUACUGGUACCACUCGCACUCGUCGACGCAGUACACCGACGGCAUCCUCGGGCCCAUGAUCAUCCACUCGCCCAGCGACCCAUACGUGCGUGGCGUCGACUUCACCUCGGAGCAGGUCAUCAUCGUCCAGGACUGGUACCACGACGGGGCCGAGUACAUUGCGACCGAACUGCUGACCACUGACGGCUACGACGGCAGCUCGGCCGCGCCAUCGCCGCAGUCGGGCCUCAUCAACGGUGCCGGCGUCUUCAACUGCUCGCUGCUCACCGACUCGGACGUCACCUGCACGACGCCAGACCCGCCAGCGAUCACCGUCGCCGCCGAGAAGAUCCGGUUCCGCGUCAUCAACGGCGGCUCCCACGCCCAGGAGCACGUCAGCAUCGACCUGCACUACCUCAACGUGACUGGCGCCGACGGCACCGCUGUUCUGGGCCCCAGCGUGGCGCGCGUGCCCAUCCACAACGGCCAGCGCUACGACUUCAUCGCCGACUUCAGCGACGCAUCCGACGGCGACUCGUUCUGGUUCCGCGGCGAGCUCAACACCAACUGCUUUGCCUCGACCGACGACGACCUCAAUGCGAUCACCCGCUUGGCCAUCCACAUCGGCACCAACAACGGCACCGAACCAACCACAAAUGACUGGGACGCAGACCUGCCCACGAGCUGCGUCGACUUUGACGACAGCGACCUCACCCCCGUCACGGCCGAGGAGGCGCCGCUGGGCCUGACGACGGCCAACGUGCGCCAGUACACGAGCGCAUUCGGCCAGCUCACCGUCGACAGCACGUCGUACAGCCGCUUCUUUGUCAACUCGACGACGUACACAAACUACGCCUACCAGCCCUUCCUGGCGACGAUCAACAACGGCAGCUCCAUCGACUCGUCGCGCGUCGCCUUUGCCGAGGUCGCCGACGACGAGUGGGCCAUCGAUGUCAUCAUCAACAAUGGCGACCAGAACCUCGACCACCCCUACCACCUCCACGGCGCCGACUUUUACAUUGUCGCGCGCGGUGACGGCACCAUGACCGUCGACGAGUGGUCGUCGAUCUCCUUCAACACGACGAACCCGCCGCGGCGCGACACGCUCGUCAUUCCCGGCGGCAACUACGCCGUCCUGCGCCUCUACUCGGACAUCCCCGGUGUGUGGCCGCUGCACUGCCACAUCGCCUGGCACCUCGCCGAGGGCUUCAUGGGCGCCCUCGUGGUCCACCCCGAGGCCAUC